GAGUGUGGAGUGGAUAAACCACCUAAACCAACUACAAUUGUUGGAUAUUAUCCAGCUUAUAAAUAUAAUUUUAAACCAGAUGAUUUAAAUAUCAGUUCGUCGAUUACUCAUUUAAACUAUAUUGCAUUUGGCCCAAAUGAUCUUAUUAAUGUCACUACGCCAUCUACAGUGUUUCAACAACAUUACCUCAAAUUUAACCAAUUUAGAGAUUAUCUUAUUAGAAAUCCUAAUCGGAAAUUUCAAGUAAUCCUUUCAGUCUUGUUGCCUACUAGUCAAGACUUAGUAAAAAUAUCACCGUUUUCUAACGUUGGAAUUGGGCAAUAUAAUCAAAAUAAUAAUGUUGUUAAUGAUUUGGUUAAAAUUGUUACCGACAAUUCGUUCGAUGGAAUUGAUAUUGAUUAUCCUAAUAAGCUUCCAUGCUAUCCAUCGCAAGGGACGCAAGGACAGAAUGUCAAUACUAAUAAUUUAAAUCCUGUUUUCAUAUCUUUUAUUGCUGAUAUAUCAAGCAAAUUAAAACAAUCUAAUAGCAGUAAGAUUUUAACGGUCACAGCAGGCCAAUAUCCUAUAUAUGGUCUUAACUCCAGCAUUUCUGAUAUUAUUAGUUUUGUGAAUAUUCAGGCAUUUUAUCUUAAUAUAGGUAAAAAGUCUGCGAGUGCUGGAAUAAACGAUAUUCAAAAAAUAUUUGAUACUUGGGAUAGUUAUGUCAGUAAAUCAAAACUCGUUUUGGGAAUCGAUUUUGGUGGUAUUGUUGAAGUUGUUACUUCAAGUAACAUUGUAUGGGACACUAAUAAUCAAAACCUUCAGGUUGUAAAUGUUACAACUACUCAAUUCUCAUUUGCUGAUGAAACGAUUCAAGAUCCAUGCGGACUUUCAGUAUAUGCAUCUUGGUCGUGGAAAAAUUUAAGUACUAAUUUAUUAUCACCUUGUUACACGAGUAUUAAUAAAAAUUCACAAUGGACUUUUCACUCAUUGAAAUACAAACUUGAUUAUGUGCAGCAGCAAAAUGCACUAGGAAUUGCAAUUUUCGAUAUAACUAAAGAUACAGUCGAUGCAACAUUAAUGAACUUCAUAAUAGGAAAUUCGAAUAGCACCUCUCAGAAACCAAAUACACCUACAUCUCAACCAUUUCCGACCAAUUUAGGUGCAAUAGUGGGUGGUGUAAUAGGUUCCAUUAUUUUUGUUAGUGUAAUAAUGGUAGCUGGCUUUAUAUUAUAUCGAAGAAAAUACAGUGCAGGAAUGCCAGGUCUACUCGUAGAUACAAAUAAUCAGGCGUGCUCUGAUACUAAUCGUCAUGUUUACUCUGAUAUAAAUUGUCAAGUUCGCUCAGAUACUUAUAAUCGGAUUUACUCAGAUACAAAUCAUAAGGACUGUGGAGUGGAUAAACCACAGCAACUAAAUACGAUUGUUGGAUAUUAUCCAGCUUAUAAAUAUAAUUUAGCGGCAAAUGAUUUUAAUAUCAGUUCGUCAAUUACUCAUUUAAACUAUAUUGCAUUUGGCCCAAAUGACCUUACUAAUGGCAUUGCGCCAUUUACAGCGUUUACUGAUCAACAACAUUAUAUCAAAUUUCAGCAAUUUAGACAAUAUCUUGUUGGAUAUCCUAAUCGGACAUUUCAA